AGUCAAUUUCAACAGUUAUUUUUUGUCGAAGACAUAAGUAUAUAUAUCACACAAAUAUGUCGGAUAAACAUUACCAGGAUAUUGAUAAAAUCUAAAUUUUAAACUUGGUGUUAACCUUACCCUUUUAUGCGUUUCACAAGACGCUCUACGAAAUAUUUGCUGACAAAAAUACAUCCAAGCACUAUUUAUAAUCAUGACAAGACACAACCACUUGGGUACCAUAUACCUUGCAGUAAUAUUAUCAGCAACAUUCACAGCUGCAGUUGUUACAUCCAGUGAAAAUGAGGAUGAAUAUUUAACACAAAAAGAAAUCAUAUUAGAAAAAUCGUAUCAUGGCUUGAUUCGGGAAAACGAGACCUUUGUGGAAAUAACGCCAUUGAUCAAAGUUGACGAAGAAAAGAUUUGCAACUUUCACAUUCUUAAAAAACCAUAUCAUGAGAUACCAUUUGAAAUUGAAUUGGUUAAUAACUUGGGAAUUUUGAAGGCACGUCGUACAUUAAAUUGUGAAAAGCGUAAAAGUUACCAUUUUGAAAUCGUUGCAAUAUAUUGCGAUGGCACGCCAUCAAAUACGGCGAAUGUUCAUAUCACUGUAAUUGAUAUUAAUGAGUAUGCUCCGACCUUCCUAGAGCCAUCUUACGUAACGGAAGUCGACGAGGGACGUCUGUACAAUGAAAUCUUGAGGGUCGAGGCAACGGACAAGGAUUGCACUCCACUUUUUGGAGAUGUUUGCAAAUAUGAAAUACUCAACAACGAUGAACCAUUCGCGAUCGAUAACGAAGGAUCGAUAAAAAACACUGAACCGCUAUCUCAUCGAGCAUCGCAUAAUCACAUAUUGUCGGUUGUGGCCUAUGAUUGUGCGAUGAAGGAGUCUGCGGCGAUUAUGGUCAGCAUUAAAGUUCGUCGUGUGUGCGAAGCAAAGUUCUUGGGAAUGCCGGAACGCAUCGAUUAUACGUCAGGGAGCACGGAAAGCCUCCAAUUAUUUCCAAAUGCCCGCCUGGACUUGUGUGAUGCUGCGUGUAGCAAUCAGGACUUGAAUAUUCGUGCAUCGAUAUCUCUUAAGACCAAACACAUCUCAUUUGGAUGCGAUCGGGAAAUAUCAAAUUGCACUUCGCAACAGCUAAUGAAGGACCUCUUACCCCGCAAAGCUGAAUGGACAAAAGUGUUGAAUUUCGAUGAAGGUGUGGAACCCAUAUUUCAUUUCGAUGGCUCCACUGGGGUAGUAAUACCCGAUACAGUUAUCGACCAUUAUGACUUUUCAACGCAUCCGUUCAGUAUAUUGACAGUGUUUCGACAUCACAAUAUUCAGGGGUCAAGUUCAGAAAAUAAACAUGUCAAGGAACAUAUUUUGUGCAGUGCUGACGACCACAAAAUGAAUAGGCAUCAUAUGGCUUUAUUUGUUCGAAAUUGUCGAUUAAUUCUAUUAUUGCGGAAAAACUUUAAUGAAGGCGAUCUGAAUAUCUUCAGUCCAGCGGAGUGGAGAUGGAAAAUCCCAGAAGUUUGUGAUAACGAAUGGCAUCAUUACGUAGUAAAUGUCGAAGAUUUAUCGAAAGUGGAACUCUUCAUUGAUGGUGUACGAUUUGAGAAUUCUAUUGAGGAUCGUCACAGUAAUCCGGAGGUAAUAGAUGACUGGCCACUUCAUGCCGCCCAUGGUGUGAACACCUCAUUGGCCAUCGGUGCUUGUUAUCAGAGUUUAGAAAAUCGCCUAAAACAUGGCUUUAAUGGUGACAUUUCCAAGGUCAAGGUAACUCUCAAUGGAUUUCUCACACCAGAAGAUAUUAAAUGUGGAACUUUUUGUGCGGAGCAUUUACUAUCACCGAAAGAAAAUAAUAAAAAUGAUAUCCAGUCCAACGGACAGAUGAACGAAAUAUCCAUUGAGGCCAAAACGAAACAUGAAAUUGAGCAAUUAAUGCAUAAAAUUCAAUAUAUUAAUGUAAAAAAAAACCCAACCAUAGGACGACGUAAUAUUGAAGUUCGCACGGAAUUGGCUUGUAAUAAUCAAAGUUAUUCGCUUCGUUUGCCGCCAAUCGAGACAUAUAUAAUGGUCAAUAAGCCCACAGCCGCGAUCGGUCUAGAUAUCGAUGUUGGCUCCACAUCGUUAUCGCUGGAUAGCUCACCUGAUCAAGAUUUGACUUUAGAUUCGUCCAAAAUAUUAAUAUCUGGAACAUCAAAUAAAUUGGUAUCGUAUCAGGAAAUAAAGCUAGGUGUACACAUUUUGGACAAAAUCUUCAUCGAAACACUGCCCAGAAAGAGAGAAAUAACUGAAAAUGGACCAAAUGUUAUUCAAAAUCUGGACUCGUGUAGCGUUGUGGUAUUUCCCUCCUUAAAUCCGGAUCAUGAAGAUAUACAAAUUGAUGGCGAUGAGUCGCUUUCCUCAACAAUGGAUAUUAAAACGAACAUUAAUAAAGAUGGCGUUGAAAUGCUGGGCAAGGACACCAUUCAAAGCUACCUAAACGUCCUACGAUCCCUCAUAUAUAGUAAUAAAAAGCCGGCUUAUUAUCUGAAUCGAGUAUUUAAGCUGUCAUGUGCCCAGCUUAGCUCGCAAUUUAAACGCGCGGAAUAUACACUAACACUCACUGUAUUGCAUCCAAAACAAACUCUGUUUAGGUCAACGACCAGUCUGCAAUCAUCUUCUUUGCCUUUAACUAACCAGAAUACUAUUGGUAAUAACAAUAUUGAAAACUCUUACCACCUUAAUAAUGGUCUGAACAGUGACAGUGACAAUAAUCAACAGACAGAUUCCAAGGUUUACUCAUAUUCCCUAUUACAUACGAACGAUGUCCAAGAACCGAAGUCUCAUGUUCACUCAUUCGUACAUAGAGCUGAAGGCUCUCAUCUAACGAUGCUCAUAAUACUUGUUAGUGUCUUUUUGGCUGUACUUUUGUGUGGGGUUUCGAUCGCGCGUUUGAAAAAUAACCAAAAAUACUCUGAUCGUCACCAGCCCAGUCCGAAGAUUGUCGAUGAUGGCUUAAUUUGGGAUGACUCUGCGUUGACUAUAACUAUAAACCCAAUGCAAAACGAUGCUGGAUCUGAAAAUAGUUCAGAGUCAGAAAAUUCCGACUCGGAAGAUGAAGAAAUUUUAAAGGAUGGCUUUGCUCACAUAAAUCAGCUUGAAUGGGAUAAUAGCAAUAUUUUUCAACAGUAAAUUGUAUCGAAAUCUUUUCUCACACACACAAAAUGGAACUUUAAAAAUAAAUGUAAAUGUACUUUUAAAAACAAAUAUUAAAACCAAUAAUUUUACAAGUUAUUCCGCAACAACAAUAACAAACAGUUAAAUCAGUUAUGCAUGCAAAUACAUAUAUAUAUAAACUGUAAAGACGCGCAUUUAUAUAGUUAUGUAUUAAUUCUUUCGUUUGCAAUUAUGUAUGGAUUGUAAAAACUAAGUCAGUGCGGCAAUUGCGCCAUAUACAUACCUACAUAUGUACACCAUAAAAUCGUAACAGGGCCUACUAGGAUAUACAAUGUGGCCAGACACAGUGUGUCCUAAUUGGCAUAUAUACAUGGUCAUACUUAGCGCCGCACACACAAAAUAAUAGCUAAGGUAUAGUACAAUUACUAUUAUAUAUGUAUGAAUAACCGAAAAUCGCUAGAAUCAUAAUAAAAGAAUCGUAGAAACAAAAUAAUAUACGUGCAUAAGACCUUGAUUCGUUUAUUCUUUCCUUCUCUCUCACAUGCACAAACAUGUCUGAACAUGUCUGAUAAAAAAAACUCACAACAACUGCAUUCUACCGCUUUAUUGCAUAGAAGGAGAUUUCUCCGUCCCAAUAAUUUAAGCUUUAUAUUUAAUUAAUAAAACCAAUAUAUUUCAAAAGGGAAUCGAAAAUAGCCCACUAUCAAUUAAGAGAAAAGAAAGCUGUAGUUUUUGAUUUCUAAUUUAUAAUUUUAUAAAAAUUAAAAAAAAUAGAUUAAGACAACAUAUCGAUAUAAUGUGUAAAAAAUUUUUUUUUAUUUUGCUUUAAACAGUUAAAUACUAAUAAAUAUUUGUUCUAAAAGAAAAUAAAAAAAAUAAUAAUUUCAAAAAAAAAGUUAUCAUAUUUGAUGUUUAUUAUUUGUUGACACCUCAAUUGGUAUAUCCUUGUAGUAAAAGAGAUGUAUGUAAAAACAAAAGUAGGUCAGCGCUUGGAAUGACAGCUUAACGGAAAUGUUUAUAAAGAAUGUUCCCAUAUCGGAACAAUCAAGCCAACUAGAUUAUUCAUAAAACGGCGAGGGUAUGCAACAAUUUAAUUUUAAAAUGAAGCUAUGAUUAAUUUUUAAAUUAUUUAUCUUGUUUUAUUAUUAGCCCCCAUAUUUCAUUUCAAUGCCCACUUGUACGACUCUAAAGAUACUGAGACUAGAGUUCUAAUUUUGUAAAUUGUUAUUGGUUAAAUAAAAAAUUGAUUUUGGUGUUUAAAAAA